AUGCUGAUGAAACGGCUCCUGAGACUGUCCCACUCGUCACGUCUGAGUCGAGAGUCCCAGGAAACCCAGGCCACCGAGGCCACGGAAGUGUCGGCUUCAACGACAACCAUCACCACCAAGACGCAAUACAAUUAUGAGAUCUUUAGCCUUGUGGAUAGAGACCUUGUCAUUUGGCGUAAGCUCCAUAGAAGGCUGGUUUCAGGCCAAUUGCUCGAUGGCCAGGGGAUAGUGCUUGCCACCAUUCAUGACCAAAGUCCGGAAACUAUGGAUAAUGACGAUACCGGAGUCGACCGUCUGUUUCGGAUUGAGGUACGCCAUCCACAGACUGACGACGUCAUGCUUGUGAUCAAACGGCCCCGCCAUCUUAUAAAUGGUGAGACGAAAGUGUACCUUCCAGGUUGGUGUUCUCUGACCAAUAAGCGAAAAUACUUGGAAUUGGGCCACUGUACUCAGUCCUUCUCCUAUAUUCAUCGACAAUAUCAACUUGCAACGCUUGAAGACCGCAAAUUGCUCAAGUACCAUCUGUUUGGUGAGGUGCUGGCCACCCCACGCCAACAGCGGUUUACCGUAUCCAGCGCUACUCGGAGGUACGGUGUCGGUGACGACGUCGCCUGGGUCGACGCGGCGCCGCUGGGAGUACCGUUAAAGCACUCAUCGGUGCUCUGGUUCGACCAGAGACUCACGCCCGACCACAGGGUGAUUUUGGUGGCGACUGCCGCCUGCUUGAACAUCGACUACUUGGACCCCAGAAAUGCCUAG